AUGGUGCCCUGUGGUCUGCUAACUGUCCAGAAGGAACAAGUUCCUCUGAAGAGCAUUGAGGUGGAGCUGGAGGUGAGGGACCAUGUGGCUACAGUGGUCUCCACUCUGAACUACGAGAACAAGGAGGACAAACCAUUAGAGGCUGUUUUUGUCUUCCCUCUGCCUGGAGAUGCUGCUGUCUGUCAUUUCAGUGCUAAGAUUGGACAGACACAGAUUGUAGCUGAGGUGAAGGAGAAACAGGAGGCUCGUGAGGAGUAUGAUGAUGCUCUGAGCUCCGGUCAGCAGGUCUUCCUAUUGGAGGAGAGUGAGCAGAGUCCAGAUAUAUUCUCUCUGAGUGUGGGCAGUCUGCCUCCAGGAGAGAGCGCCUCCAUCAGGUUGGAGUACGUCACUGAGCUGGCUGUGCAGGCUGAUGAUGGGCUGAGGUUCUGUCUGCCUGCUGUGCUCAACCCUCAAUACCAACCUCAGGGUAGUGAAGGUGCAGGUGUCCAGGUGACUUCUGUUCCAGCCUCUCUGGUGCCCUACAGUCUGUCUUUCUCUGCCCGAGUGUCCUCUCCUCGUCCAGUCUCUAAAGUAGAGUCCAACUGCUCCCUGGACCCUCUCCAGUACCUCAUCACUGAUCAAACCCAGGCCACGGUCAAGUUGGCUGCAGGACACAAGUUUGACAGAGAUGUUGAACUGCUGAUUUAUUACAAAGACGUCCACCAGCCCACUGCUGUGGUGGAGGCAGGACAGGCCUCUGCUGAGGCAGGCACUCUGAUGGGUGAUCCAGUGGUGAUGGUGAGUCUGUACCCUGAGUUCCCCCAGUCUGUGAUGUCUUCAACACCUGCAUGUGGAGAGUUUGUGUUCUUAGUGGAUCGAUCUGGAAGUAUGAGUAAUACUAACAUCCGCAGUACCAAGGAUACUCUGCUGCUCCUGUUGAAGAGUUUACCAAUGGGCUGCUAUUUCAACAUUUACAGUUUUGGGUCCAGAUAUGAACACAUCUUUCGUAAGAGUGUGGAGUACAGCCAGCAGACCAUGAAGGAGGCUCUGAAGAAAGUUGAGCAGAUGGAGGCUAAUCUGGGAGGAACGGAGAUCCUGCAGCCCCUCAAACAUAUUUACAGCCAGCCCUGCAUUCCCAAUCAGACUAGACAGCUGUUUGUCUUUACUGAUGGAGAGGUGGGGAACACCAAAGAAGUGAUAGAUCUGGUGAAGAAGAAUUCAGGUUCUCACAGGUGUUUCUCUUUUGGGAUUGGGGAAGGGGCCAGCUCUGCUCUCAUCAAUGGGAUGGCCAAGCAAGGAGGAGGUCACGCUCAGUUCAUCACAGGGACUGACAGGAUGCAACCAAAAGUGAUGCAGUUGCUGCGAUUUGCUCUGCAGCCGACUGUGGUCGACAUCUCAGUCACAUGGGAUUUACCAAAGGAAGUGUCUGUCACUGUCCUCUCUCCACCAAUCACAGCACUUUUCCAGGGUCAGAGGUCACUGAUUUAUGCCCAGCUCACUGGACAGAGCUCAGAGGCAGCAGAGGGCUGUGUGACAGUGAAGUACAGCCUGGCAGGUCAUCCCUCUGAGAACCAGCUGCACUUCAGUCUCAGACCUGCAGCAGACACUGGAUUAACAGUCCACAUGUUGGCUGCUCGCGCUCUGAUUCACUCCUUUGAGAGGGAGGAGAAAAAGCACAGAGAACAACAAGGUGGAGGAGUAAAGAAUAAGGUGGUGCAGCUCAGUAUCCAGUCGGUAGUGAUCAGUGCCUUUACUGCUUUCAUUGCUGUCAACAAAAGCAGUGGCGAGGCUAUACAAGGACCCCUGAUAUCCAGAUAUAUUCCACUAAGCACCUUCGGCAGAAUUGGGUCGCGCUUCAAGCGUGCUCAAAGUGCCUCACCUCCGAAGAAGAGUAAGACAGCAGGUGAAUGCAUUGAGUCUCAGCAGCCAGUCAAAGACCCUUUGCUGCAGCUGGUAUCACUGCAGGAGACUUCUGGAUGCUGGUUGCUAGAUCCAGCUCUGGCUUCCACACUGGGAAAGACGAGCAAGGAGGUGGAAAACCUGAAACCUGCAUUGGCCAAUAAGGAAGUGUGGGCCACCAUUCUGGCUCUGAUCUGGCUUCAUGGUUUCAAGAUGGAUGCAAAAGACGAGUGGGAGCUUCUGGCCAUGAAGGCUGCAUCAUGGCUCUGUGCUCAGAAGGCACUGUGUGUGGCGGUGUGUCUGGAAGCUGGAAAUGCACUGCUGGGUUGCAACGUACCAAAAGAUGCUCUGGGGCUCUGA